AUGUUCGUCGCCUUCGCUGUGGCGUGGCGUGCGGUGUUGGCGAGGGCAAAGGAGCGGGUGCAGAGCAUUGUUGCAGAGGCCGCGGACGCGGGAAGCAGGAUUGCCGCCAUCAUGUCGAGUCGGAAGAAGCAGCAGCGGGAGCGAAAGCAGCGGCAACAGCGGGAGGAGGCGGAGAGGGCGCGGCGGAUGGUGUGGGUUGAUCUCGAGAUGAGCGGGCUCGACGUGUCGAGGGAGCGCAUCCUGGAAAUGGCCAUGAUCAUCACGGACGCGGACCUGAACGUGGUUGCGUCGUCUGGGACCGUCGUGCUGCACCAGCCAGAGCACAUCCUCGAGAGCAUGGACGAGUGGAACACCACACACCACACGCAGUCCGGGCUUGUGGAGCGCGUGCGCCAGUCGAAGCUGCGGGAGUGGGAUGUGGAGGACCAGAUGCUCAAGCUGCUGCACGAGCACUGCCCGGAGAAGCGGUGCCCGCUGGCAGGAAGCAGCGUGCACGUGGAUCGGCUGUUCCUCCUCAAGUACAUGCCUCGCUUCACAGACUACCUUCACUACCGCAUCAUCGACGUCAGCUCUGUCCUGGAGCUGAGCAGGCGAUGGAACAAGCCUGUGCUGGACUCCAUGCCAGCAGGGCGGGACCGCCACCGCGCAGAGGACGACAUCGUUGACACCAUCGAGAAGCUCAAGCACUUCAAAGAGCACUUCUUCAUCACCAAGUGA